GCCGUCGGCUUCCUCCCCUUUCAGUGCGCUACGUUCCGGGACAGCGGACGGGUUCAGUGCGGCUCCCGAUGCUGCAGCCAGGACACACACACAGCCCGGGUUCACCACGUCAGAGGGCCACAUAACGCGGAUGACUGAGGCAGAGCAAAGUGCACAUAGGAAGUCGCUUCUGCACAACUUCACCUUCCACGAGCUCCAACCAACGCACGCCAGAAUGCAGCGGCGUUACGGCAAAGUCCCGGGUCGACCGUGGGUCUCGCCGAUUGGCAUUUGGUGUGUUUUGGCAGUGUGCGUCGCACCUGUAAUGUUACACCCGCAGUGUUUGGACUUUAAGCCGCCCUUCCGAUCGCUAAGGGAGCUCGAGUUUUGCGUAAUGUACAAGGAGUUUGGCUGCUGUGAUUAUCAGAGGGACCAGGAGCUGAAGACAAAGUACUACCAGAUUAUGGAUCGUUUUGAUUAUAAUGGAUAUGCCAACUGUGCUGGGUUCGUGCUGGAGCUGCUCUGCCAGGAAUGCUCUCCAUAUGCAGCUCACCUCUUUGAUGCUGAGGACCCAAGCACCCCAGUCAGGACCAUUCCUGGCCUCUGUCCUGACUACUGCUCCCAGUUUUGGAGGAAGUGCAGCUCCAUAAUCCCUUUCUUGUCUGACGACCCACACACAGCCGAAGUCAAAGAAGACCAGACACGUCUCUGCCAGCACCUGAAGCUUGACGAUGUGGACUACUGCUACCCUAACCUCCUCAGCAGCCAGAAGCUCACCCAGAAUCUGGGCCGGGUUCAGUCAGACUCUGACGGCUGUCUGCAGCUGUGCCUGGAAGAAGUUGCGAACGGGCUGCGGAACCCGCUCGCCAUGGUGCACGCCAACGAUGGCAGGCAUCGGUUCUUUGUGGCAGAACAGGUAGGCUUGGUGUGGACGUACCUUCCUGAUCGGUCCAAGCUGGAGAGACCAUUUUUGAACAUUACCAAGGCGGUGUUAACAUCAUCAUGGGAAGGUGACGAGAGAGGCUUUCUGGGACUCACCUUUCACCCCAAGUACAAAUUCAAUGGGAAGCUCUAUGUGUAUUACUCAGUGGAGGUGGGUUUUGAUGAGAGGAUCAGGAUCAGUGAGUUCCAUGUGUCAGCCAAUGACAUGAAUGUGGUGGAUCAUGCCUCUGAGCGGGUUAUUCUGGAGAUUGAUGAACCAGCAUCCAACCACAAUGGAGGGCAACUUCUAUUUGCAGAUGAUGGCUACUUGUAUGUUUUCACAGGGGAUGGUGGAAUGGCAGGAGAUCCCUUCGGCAAAUAUGGGAAUGCCCAGAACAAGUCAGCUCUGUUGGGUAAAGUUCUCCGCAUCGAUGUGAAUGACAAUGAGAAAGGCCCGUUGUACAGAAUUCCUCCAGAUAACCCCUUCAUACACGAGCAGGGGGCACGACCUGAGAUUUAUGCUUACGGUGUCCGCAAUAUGUGGAGGUGUUCUGUGGAUCGGGGCGACCCUUGGACCAAAGAGGGCAAAGGACGCAUCUUCUGCGGGGAUGUGGGCCAGAACAAGUUUGAAGAGAUUGACAUCAUUGAGAAAGGUCGAAACUAUGGAUGGAGAGCCAAGGAAGGCUUCUCUUGCUACGACAAGAAGCUGUGUGCCAACAGCUCGCUAGAUGAUGUCCUCCCUAUUUAUGCGUACCCUCACAAGAUGGGCAAGUCAGUGACUGGUGGCUAUGUGUACCGAGGCUGUGAAUACUCCAACAUGAAUGGCAUGUAUAUAUUUGGAGACUUCAUGAGCGGGCGUUUGAUGAGUCUGCGGGAGGACAGAACCACAGGGAGCUGGAUAUACAAUGAGAUAUGUAUGGGGAUGGGCCUAACCUGUGCCUUUCCUGGACUCAUCAACAACUACCACCAGUACAUCAUCUCCUUUGCAGAGGAUGAAGCUGGCGAGCUGUACUUCAUGUCAACUGGAAUAGCGAGUGCUACAUCACCUUCAGGAGUCAUUUAUAAAGUAGUGGACCCCUCCAGACGUGCUCCACCAAGACAAUGUCACUAUGACCCUCUUCCUGUCAGAGUGAAAAGUAACCUCAUCAAGUUUGUUCCCCAGGAAACAUUAAUUGGCCUUGAGCCACCAAACAAAAUCCAGCCUGAGCCACAACCCACAGAGUCCUUCAACUGGCUAGAAGAGCUCAUUAAUCGUCUAGGAGGACCAGGACUGACCACCCCGUUACCAACCACAACUACCACCAAAUCACCAAGACAUUCGAGGCGGAAAGGCAGACGCAGGAAGGGCAAAUCCAGAACGGAGAGUACACCCGAGCUCCAGAACGGAGUUGUGAGGCUGGUUGGGGAUGAACAGGGCCGGAGCGACCGUGGACGGGUGGAGAUCUACGUUAACGGGCACUGGGGCACCGUGUGUGAUGACCUAUGGACCACCAAGAAUGCUGCAGUGGUUUGCCGGCAGCUGGGCUUCAUGUACGCUCUGAAAGCAGCCAAGAACUCAGAGUUCGGGGAGGGGACGGAUCUGCAGAUUCUUCUGGAUGAUGUUCAGUGUGAAGGAACUGAGUCCAGCCUGCUGGACUGCAAACAUGCCGACGUGGGGACACAUAACUGUGCCCAUUAUGAAGAUGCUGGGGUGAUCUGUGGCAACUCGGACUACGUUAUUGAAGUCUAAAUGGUUGACUACUAUGAAAUCAGGACUAGUUAUCAGCAACUGAACCUUUUGUCUCAAUAAUCCACCCCAAAUGUAAAUAUUAACUGAUAUUUUCAAUCUACUCUUGGUGGAGAAUUUUCUCAUUCCCAUUAAGAGCACAGCAAACAUAGACCACAUAACUUUGUGCCAUAAUAUUGCCAGGUUCAGACAACUGGGAGCACCAACAAGGGCAAUCUUUCCAUCAAAGAGUGAACCAGCUGGGAUGCUUCUAACUCUGUAACCAUAUCUAAGGGUGGGUUUUCCUUCAGUAAUGUUGUACUUGCCAGUAGUGUCUCAUAGAUUUUUGUCAAAGGUUCAUAUGAGAGUUUAUUUUUAAUUUUCCAUCACACACUUAAAUGUUUAAUAUGAAGGUUGGAAUUUGAAAGUAUUUUCUUUCUCAGUGAUUUGUUGCAGUAAUCCAUUUGACAUCUAGUGUCUAAAUGUUAUAUUUCCUAGUGAAUGUUCAAUGCCCACUGACUGGAUGUAUGGAUGUAUUAUGAUGUCAUGAUUUAAGUAAAUCAUUUUAAUAAAAAGCUUUCUAGUCUGUA